AUGAAUUCAGACAGUUUUUUUGAAGAAUCAGCUACUCCAAUUAGAUUGCCUCAAAUCAACAGCAUCUUUCCUUUAAGACUUAGAAACCUGAACGAAUUCGUUGGAGUCUCACCGCCAUCUCCACUCUAUGCUCCCCCACAAACCACUCCUGUUGAAUCACCACUCUCUGGAAAAAAGUCUCUAUAUCCAGUGGUAACACCCUGGAGCUUUGGAAGGCCUAUAUUUCCAGAGUUUGGCUCUGAGAAUCAAGAAAACCUCAAUUCGCGCAACCUUCCCAUCCCGUUUUGUUCUCCUUUUGACCGCACAAGACAGGAUGUCCAAGGCAGGUCCGUUUCUCUUAACCAUUGCUUUGAGCUCCAAACUCCAAGAUCUAAAGAACUUGCAGUGGACUUAAAUCUAGAUUUUUCUGAAAAGACAAGAAACACUAUCAAAAAGGUCUUCCUCGAUUCUUCUUCACCAGCAUCGUCUCGUUCCAGUAACAAUGUCUGUGAAAAAAAUAGAAGUUUUUGGAGAACUGUCAUGGGAGAAAAAGCACCAGUCAUACUCACUGAAAAAAGUAUUUUAUCUACGAGUCAGGACAUGGAUGACGAUGCAACAAUCACAGCUCCAGCAACAGAUGAAGCAGAUGGAGUCCUGGACAUUGCCAAACAACAGAAGGCAGAGAGCUCGGAUCCCGAUUUUGAGAUUUCAAACACGAAGAGAAACAAACCCGUGAAGAGGAACAGAAGUAGUUCGUCAGUCAAAACUCGCGACAGGAGGCACACAAAAAGAAAUCCAAAGCAACAACGCUGGAGCGAAGAGAAGAAAAAGAAAAAGAAGCUAGCAUUGGAAGAAUCGAAAUUGACCAACAGGAAAACUGUCUUGCCGAGAUCAAAAAAUGGUUGUUGGACGUGUCGCCUAAGAAGAAAGAGAUGUCCAGAAGAUAAACCCGAGUGUUCUGAAUGCGUCCGGUUGGGACUAGAAUGUGACGGAUACCUGGCCGAAAAGCCUUGGUUUGCUCUUUCAGCCGAAGCAGGAAGAUACAGAAUGGAGCAGAUCAAACAGGUGACGAUCUCAAAAAAAGGAAGAGGGGGGAAUAAAAAAGACCAAGUUAUGACAGCUUACGUUCGAGAAACGGAGACAAGCUCAUGA